AAGCAUUCUUCAAUCACAGCUUCUGUCAUUCCCUAAGGGCUGCGAGGAGGGAGGGGAAGAAGAAAAAGCCCAGACUCCACAACAUUGUAUGCAUGUGAGGAAUAAGGGGAGGAAUGGCAGGAAGCAUGCUGAGAGGGAGAGCAGGCAUGUUUGCUUUCAGAGGAGAGGAACAGAAUAUUGGGAGAGACGAGCGCUGAGGAAGCUACUGGAUUUGGACUUUCGCAGGAUCAAACUUGGCGACAGUAAGCGGAAAACUGAUCACACUGGAGACCGCGGAGUCAGCUGCUGAACAGACAGAUGCAUGUCUGCUGCUGUAUUGAUCCAACAUGGAGGUACCACCUGCCAAAGACUUCCAGUGGCAGACAUUAGCACCCCUCUCUAGUCCACGUGUAUACUGUUCUCUGGUAGAAGCUGGAGGACAAAUCUUUGCUAUUGGAGGAUGUGAUGAAGCAGGAACCCCAAUGAAUACAUUUGAGGUGUUUUCCCCUGAGGUGAACUGUUGGACUAGCCUGGCAUCCAUGCCUUCUGCCAGAGCUGGAGUUGCAGUGGUUUCCUUAGGCAAAAGAAUCAUGGUGGUUGGAGGAGUGGGGGAAAACCAGACGCCUCUUAAGGUCGUAGAGGUCUACAAUAUUGACGAGGGCAAGUGGAAGAAAAAGAGCUCCUUACGCGAGGCUGCCAUGGGCAUAUCGAUCACUGCUCGAGACUGCAGGGUUUAUGCUGCUGGAGGAAUGGGUUCAGAUUUGCGACCACACUGUUUCUUGCAGCAGUUUGACAUGUUAAAAGAUAUUUGGGUCUAUUUUGCACCAAUGCCGACACCUCGUUAUGGUGCUACAUCCUUCCUCCGUGGCACCAAGAUUUAUGUAUUAGGCGGUAGGCAGUCGAAGUAUGCGGUAAAUGCCUUUGAGGUUUUUGACACAGACACCCGUUCCUGGAUCAAAUUCCCCAGUAUUCCCAACAAAAGAGCAUAUUCAAGAUAUGUUAUAAGUGAAGGCUCCCUCUACAGUUUGGGAGGAUUACGACAAGGAGGAACAUACCGGCGGCCCAAAUUUACAAAGACUGUGGAUAUAUUUGAUAUGGAACAAGGGGGCUGGAUGAAGACAGAUCGUUCCUGCUUUCUAAGAAAAAGAAGAGCGGAUUUUGUUGCAGGGGCAAUACACGGGAGAGUUGUUGUGGCUGGAGGUCUCGGAAACCAGCCUUCAGUUUUGGAAACAGCAGAGAUUUUCCAUCCAUUAAAGAACAGAUGGGAAAACAUAAGUCCCAUGCCCAACCCAAGAUGUGCCUGUGCAACUAUUGUCCUGAAGAACAGACUCUAUGCCAUAGGGGGUGUAAACCAAGGCCCCAGUUCUGCAGUAGACAUGUUGAGUUUGGUAGAAUCUUGACCAAGGUGUUUCAUAGUAUGCUGUAGGUACUGUAUGUAGGUUUGAACAAGUUUCAGUGUGUGUGCUUCAUACUCUGGGCAUAAGACUGUUCUUGUUUGUCAAGCCAUCUAUGCCAAAGCAUCCUUCCAAUUUUGAUGGUGUAUGCAAGGCAUCUGGAAUUUGUGAGCGUAUACAAAGAAACAGAUUGCUAUUGCCAAAGGCUAAUUAAGUGACGUCUAAUAUCCAGCAUCAAGGAAAUUUCUAUCUACUUCAAAACCUUCACGUAAAUUUUGGGGUAAUUGACCAACUCGAAAAAUGCAUAUUAAAUGUUUACAAGCUUGUUGGAUCAUGAAAAUAUCUAUAUAGAUCUAAAUAAUAUUUAACAUGUCACAAAGUUAUUUAUUAUUUUUAAGUUAAUUAUUAUUUGUGCACAAACUCAUAUGAUAUGAGUGGACAAGCCCGACCACGUUAUAGCAGUGUGCACCCUUCAAAAUACAGGAUUUAUAUCCAAUAAUGUACAUGGCACCGGCCAGGCACAUAAUUAUAUGUAUAUAAACCAGUAAACUAGACCAAGAACUGUUAUAAAUUCAGCCCAUAAGAGCUCCUUAACUUUUAAAGAAUUAUAUGGAACUAAAGUGUCACUAGAAUUACUAUUCUAUUCAAUAAAACACACACAUUUUACAUGCUGUACCCAAAGUGCCCCCUGCAUCUCUCUAUGCCCAAUAUCAGAUUGGGCAGAAGAACAGAAUUAUACAGAUGCUUUAAUUCAGAAUAAACAAUUGUGUAGAUGAACUUUAGAAGAUUGCUUAGAUAUAUUAAGGAGAAUUCUGAGUUAAAAUGUUGUUUUCUGCAGUUGCGCUGAAUAAUGCUUGUGUGCUGUCCAUGCACAGUGCUUUGUGCGCCUAUUAAAAUUGGUGUAAUAACCAUGUAUAAACCAUUUGCACAUGUUUAUACACUUUCCUGUUUAGAUACAAUAUGGUUGUUAGAGGCCAUAUUCACAUAUUGCUAUUUUUUCUCACAAAUUUUAUUGUGCAUUUUAUUCUGCCAAAACUAAGAUUGCAUACAAAAAGUGGAGUAUAUGUCUUUUCUCUUAUUGUUUUUUAUUUAUUUAUAAACCACUGUGAAACAAGGCCUUACCCUUAUUUUUUAACCUGAUCUUUUCUUUGCACUUUUUUAUUUUCACAUGAACUAUUUUUGGCCCCCAUAAAAUGUGAAGCAGGCAUAUUAAAAGGUAUCACUUAGGAUUUCUUAUAUCCAUUGAUGAAACAAAAGCCAUCUUGCUUUCCCAUUUUAAUUUUACAUGGUACACACUUGUAUUAGAUGCAAAUGCAAGUGUGACUUACUCCACUGAAGUCGAUUACAGUUAUAAAAAUAUGGCAGUUAUGUAUACCUCUCUAUACAUAAGACAGCUCUCACGCUUGAUGUCAUUUUGCACACUUGUCUCGGUUGACAUCAGCUGGAUCCAUCAACAUUUAUCUAAUGUUUUGGCAGUGUUACUAUGCCCUGGAUAUGUGCAUAUGUGCAUAUGCAUAGUCAUUUGACAUAAUAACUGAAUGUAUAAGGGGAACCUGUCAUCACUUUCAUACUGUCUAUACCACAUGUCAUCAGGGUGGUCACAGUUGACUUCUUCCUGUGCACUGGCCUGACUGAUAGUUCUCUCUCUGUUUGGCUAUGUUGACAUGGGAGAAUGUCCGCAUGGAAAAUUUCCAUGCAGAUACACACACUCCCCCUCCCCCCCCCCCCCCCCCCCCAGCGGA